AUGCACAUUCUUCGCGGUAAAGUUCUCGUCGCUGUGGUUUUAAUUUUAACUGGUACGAUGCUACCAAUGAUAUUUUUCACGAUACUACACCGGCAGUAUUCAUUGUAUGCAACCUACUCGAUACUUCUAUUCAACGGCAUCUUCCCGAUAUUCCUUUUUGGGUGUAUCUUCUCAUCAACAAACACCUUGAUUGAGGGCGUCGAGGAUAACGAGCCAAGGAAAUAUCCGCGAAUCUGGGCGAUCGAAUAUUAUGGCUUCUUGGGGCUUCGAUUUGUCCUUGGAUGGACUUUCGCCUUUGUAAUGAUCUAUAAGACGAGAGGGAAAGUUCCGUUUUAUUUGUACUAUCUCUGUGUAAUGGCUUGUGGUCCACUCUUACUCCCAGUUCUUAAAGUCGCUGCUUUGAUAUUCCCCAGUUAUUUCGACCCAAUUAUCCAAUUAGACGAUAGAUCGACGACUACGCUCACACGACCAACCUUCCAAGGAUCAGUGGAGCCAGUGUAG